AUGCGAGCUGAACGCGACGGUCUUGAAGUUUUCCAAGAUGUGAACGUAUUAGAAGUGGGAUCUGGCUGCGGACUUGUUGGAAUGGUUGCGGCUCUGCUCGGAGCAUCGGUGACAGUUUCUGAACUGGAGAAGGGGCUUCCCCUGCUGCGUCACAACAUCGAGGCCUUCAAAUCCGAGUGGCGGAGUCAAGUGCAGAUCAGCUGCGAGGACGCUGCAACAGUGGCGUCUAGGCUUUCUUUAGAGAGCAGCAAUAGAGACCUUCACCCGUUCAGAAUGGUAAUCUGCAGCGACGUUUGGGCUGACAAGGAACUUCGGAGCUCUUUCCUGCUGCUCUUGCUCAAGGUCAUAGCUACCGACUCGGAGGUUCUGAUGUGCCAUACGUGGAGAAACAUGGACGGCAUCACAAUUGGAGCUGCCUCGGUUGACCAGGAGCAGGACGAAUUCAUGACGCGCCUUUCCCAACUGUUCGAUGUGGAGGAAAUUGAGACAGAAGACACUAUUAGAGCAUACUGCUCUCGGUUCCACGGAGGAUCUUUCUUCCUUCGUAGUCAAAGCACUAUCGACAUUCAAGAAACAUCUGAUGCGGACGGUCGCAUCGUCAUCCUGCGUCUGACCUGUCGGCAAGCGAUCAAGGACAACCCUGCUCUUCUCGAGGAGGAACUAAAGAACGAGAUUGCUCUCCUCCGUCAGAGAGCAAGCGGCAACGCGCAACAACACCCUGUGCAACCUCUUUCUCAAGCGCCAGUUCCAGGCGAACUCGACUCCAGCGUCUCCAAGGAACCGUUGGAAGCAAAAAACAACGGAAAUGCAGGGAUCGGGAGCACCAAGGCAUUCGCCCCGGAACCGUCUGCUCACAAGCGACUGCUGUCGACAAACAGCAGUGGGGACCAUGAGAAAUCUCGCCUGCGGCACCUCCGCCCACGCCUCAGCACGAACAAAUGGGAACCAAGCGCUUCGUCGCAGGACCAGAGUGGCGCGAGAGUUAUGUCAGCGACUUCCGCGGAGUCGGAAGGGCGGGUUUCGGCAGAAACUGGCGCUCUGUUAACUGCAUGCCCGGGACUCCGGAGCCGUGCGCAGAGGCCAGGCGUCCCAGACCUGCAAUCUGCGCCCGGGAGAGAGCCGACGAAACGGCCGUCGACGUCCUUUCCCGUCUCUGGAAGCAGAAUCGAACGGGCCGCUGCACGUCCUCCCACGAAGGACGGGAUUGUGUCAAGACGCGUCACGGGAACUGAGCACCGAACCUCUCAGCAGUACCCCGCAGGCGGCGUCCGUUCAAAGAGUAACAUAUCGCGCACUGCAGCCGGGGCCUCACGCCCUGCGGCUGCCGGCGCUGAGGCUGGCCGGCCAGGCUCUGCAGGCGCGGGAUCGACGAGCGGAGAGGGCGACAGCGUGAAGACUGCAGUCGUCCAGGUCGGAGACAAAUGUGGCGCCUCUGUUGCCUCCGGAGGGCCCUCACUUGAAGCGCACGAUGGGGGCGCGGGCCGCCGAAGCUCAACGCGUACAAGUCAGCGGCUAGGACGUUUUCAAGCAGCGUCAGGAUCGGGAUGCUCACCUAACGCCGGCAGUCGGCAGAAGCAGCCACAGGCCCCAACGAACCGAUCGCAGGUUGUCUCCGGUCUCUCGCCUUCGACUGGAACGACGCGAAGUGGAUCUGUUGAUCGAGACGCAACUGCCGCUCGCCAGAGGCACACGGGAAGUGCAACUGGGCAUGAGACUGCUUCAGCCACGACAGCUGCAAACGUGCACCGACCUUCCUCCAGCAAAGCUCCAGGAGUCGGCGGAACUGGACAACGCUUGUCUGAACGACUGGUCGACAACCGCCGCACAGGAUCAGCAGCAGCCGGUACCGGGCAUGCGUCUCCAGGCUUGUCUCCCUCACGCAAAGUCCAACACCUGCCGAGUAACAGUGCUGAUCCUGUCUGCGCCGCUGUCCUGUCGCCCCAAAGACCAGGUAUCAUCGGCAGGCUGUCGACUUUUCUCCGUCGAUCCUCUGACAGGGGCGGCGCCGCAGGACACCCCGCGGGGACCGCGGGUGGCCCAGAGGCGACAGAAGAGCCGAGCCGCUCACUCUUCAGAAAAAGGAGCAUCAGCAGAAGUGGCUGCCAUAUGCGAAAACCGAGUCAAGCCGGCACGACGUUGCCCAAGAAAUGA